GUGGAGCAGCGACUUGUUUAUUCAACAAUGCAACCUUAUUUGCUAGUAGCGACAUUACUGGGUGCUGCCACGACGGCAAAUGCAAUUCCAGUGCACUUCAACAAUCACUGCAAUGCUGCAAUUGAGCUGUACAACAACACAUACAUCGAGGUGAUCAAUCCAGGCAGCACCACUACUCGCAAUCUUGAGGAGGGAUUCAGUGGGAUGUUUCGGAACGGAUGGAAUCCCCAAGCAACACUCGCGGAAUUCUCGGUUUCAUGGGGAUUUUUGUGGUACGACAUCAGUAUUAUCCCCACAAGUCCUCAGAGCGGACCAGGAAAUUGCCUCUCGCUUGAUGAUUGCAAGAAAGUCACCGGUGGAGUGGGCUUCAACACACCGAUUCAAAUCGCGCCGUCCGGGUGCACGGCGAUCACUUGCCUUACCGAUGACUGCGCUGACGCCUAUCAGUAUCCCACAGACGACUGGAAGACGCACGCGUGUCCCGACACAACGCCAAACGUUGAUGUGACAUUCUGCCCGGGAGGAUCAAGUGCUACGCCUACGCUGGCACCCACCAAAGCAAAAUGCCCUCGGCGCUGCACCGCGUCUUUACGCAGCUAGUCGAGCAAGAAUUCACAUCAUAUUAAUACCAUUAAAUUAAAUUUCAGUACAGUAAACACUUAGGACUCGCAUACAUGUAUAAGCCUUGACAUACGUAAUCCAUACGA